AUGUAUUUGGGUGUUAUCGUGGGGUUGAUUCCUAUGGGAGGUAAUAAGGAAAUGUGGAGGAAACGUGAAGGAUUUAUUGAUUAUAUCCCAGUUCCUCAUGGUAUUUUAGGAGCUUUCGUUGGUUGUAUAGGGAACUUAAGAAUUGCCCUUUCUCAGUCCUUGGACACCCCUCUUAAAUGCCUGUGUGCAAAAGGUUUUAAUAGUGAGCGAUGCACUGUACGCGAUCUGAAAUUGGUUAUCUCAUUUGAUGACGUGAUCACUUUACCUCAAGACAUACCGAUUCAUUGUAUUGAAACUGUUGAGAAUGAUUUUCCAGCACGAACCAGCACUUAUGCAAUGAUUCUACUGAAGAAAAGAGCACUCACGAUCUCGUGGUCAAAAGAAUUUGAUAUCGCAUUCGUUGAAGAAACUCGGUCGACGGCAGACACUUAUCCCGAAACAAAUCAAUGA